UAUUAUAUCUGAUAUUAAUAUAAUAUUACAAUAUUUAGUAAACCAGAACGUAAAACGAUUAGUAGUUAAACUGAUGCAUAUUUAGUGUAACAGUUCUUCUAGUUUAUAUUAUAUAUUAAUGAAAUGCCACCUAAACUGAUUGGUAGGGCCACAAAUCUUUAUGGUAAGACAUUAUGGGAAAUAAUAGGCAAUUUGAAGAACGCUGGAGUUGGUCGCUUAAUAACUAGAAAUUCAUAUGAUCGUUACGAAGAACCUUCUUUUUUCAAAGUGUUGGCUGUUGAACCCACAGCUCAAAUUGAAAAUUCUGCCAGAAAGGUAAUUGUUCAUGUUGAAAAAAUAUUUCGUGGCAACCAUUAUAAAGAACCUAUUGAAAUAUUUCGUGUAUCCUAUAAACCAGAUUAUCGUUUGAUACCUAAAGAUGAAGAGCAAGAUUGGUGGGAUCGACUGGCUAAUUGUAAACCUAGAGUAAAAAUAGUACCAGGUUCAUUUGAGCUACCUCCAUUAAUGAAAUUGAUUAUGGAAAGGGAUAGUAAAGAAAUUAAGAAAACUCUGCCUUUAAAUGUCCGUACUGGACGGGAUAAUGUUGCUCAAGUAGAUCCAACAAAACUUGGAUCAUAUGGCCCAAACUAUUUCAAAAAUAAAACUAAUAGCUAAUAUAAUAGAUUUGUUUUUUUUAUUGUAAAAGGUUUAUUCUAGAAUAUAGAUACUUUGUUUUCUUGA